AUGGCGUCCACACAAUCUGUCCAGUGCUUCGGAAAGAAGAAGACCGCGACCGCAGUCGCUCACUGCAAGGCCGGUAAAGGGCUCGUCAAGGUCAAUGGAAAGCCUCUCAACCUCGUCCAACCCGAGAUCCUACGAUUCAAGGUCUACGAACCCCUCCUAGUUGUUGGCCUCGACAAGUUCGCCAAUGUCGAUAUCCGCGUCCGGGUCACCGGUGGUGGACACACAUCUCAGAUCUAUGCCAUCCGUCAAGCCAUCUCGAAGUCGAUUGUUGCCUACUACCAAAAAUUCGUCGAUGAGCACUCCAAGAACACACUGAAGCAGGCACUUGUCCAGUACGACCGAACACUGUUGGUUGCGGAUAAUAGACGGUGUGAGCCAAAGAAGUUUGGAGGUCCCGGAGCCAGAGCCAGAUACCAGAAGUCGUACCGUUAA